CCGUCUAUACACACACGUACGUAAAUCCGUGCCUCCGUCUCUCCUGGUACAACCCGUUUUUCAUACGUCUCCUCGCACUUGUGUGUGUUUCCCAUCUGUUUUUCCGUUUCCAAUUGUUUGUUUUUCAAAUUUUUUUUUUUUUUUUUUUUUUUUUUUUUUUUUUGGGCCACGCGCGAGAGCGCGACCGCCUUGGGUCCGCGUAUAAAUAGAAACAACUCGCGGGGGCAGGGAGGUGCGUUCCUCCGGGAGGGGCUUGGUGACUGCGACGCCCGCCUCGCCUCGAUCCUCCUCCUCUACUUCUCUUCUUCGUCUUUCCCUCGGCUGCACACGCGCGUGCACCGCUGCAGUCUUCCAUCGCCUUUUGGCGCAGCUGGUUAGCUCCGCUUGCAAAGUUUGCCCUCGUUUUUCUUUCUUUCUUUCUUUCUUCUUCUUCUUCCGUUUGAGCAGCCACAGUGCGGUUUCGUGGCUCUUUCGCGCCUGCUUUCGAAACGCGGCAGCGCAAGCUCGAGGAGCUUUUCGGCCGAAACGACUGUUGUUCCUUGCACUGGCCGCACAAGUGUCGUAACGGAGGAAAAAAUAGAAAAGAAAGAGCAAGCAUUGCCAAAGAGAGCGAUAAGAGAGAGAGAGUCCCGAGCGCGCACGCAUCAGGUGUACACAGCCGAGAGGCAAUGAUAACCCGAGCGCGCGCGCGCGCACCGUGAGUAACGUGACCUGAUAAAAAAAAAAAAUAAAAAAAAGUCUCUCUUUGUUUUCUUGGCGCGUUAUCGAAAGCCACGAUGAGCGAGGCGCGUUGUCACGGCUCGAGGUAAUGAGAUUCCCAUCCCCCCCUCCCCCCCCAAAAAAAAAGACGAGUCCAAGAGCACCGAUGACGAAUUCCCAGCAAUUGGCCGCGGAGCCGGCGAGCGAGCAGCCCCAGGAGGAGCUCGUCCAACUGACCGAGUUGAAACCGGUCGAGCACUCGAGGAUCAACGGGCCGCCCCUCGACGACAAGGACACCGACGGCCUCAAAGCCCUGAGGAGCUUCGCCCGCGGGUACCAACCGGGUAAACGACAGGCCUGGGACGUUGACGACGAGUUCGGCCGCGCUGGCAAGAGGAGCGACGAGUUCAAGGAGACGGAGGAGGAGGAGGACUAUUACAACGGGGUCAACGGGGACUUUGAGUACUUGAACGGGGGUAACGAGGAGGUGUACGUGUACAAGCACCACCGGAAGCCCGACUCGCCCCCCAGGGAGGAAGCCAAGGUCCGCCGGCCCAGGGGCAGGCCACCGAAGAAGAAGAAGAAGAAAGUGAUGGAGGUGGCGGAGCCCAAGGAGGAGAACGGGUCGGAGCUGCGGAGCAAGAUAAACGACAUAAUCGAGGCCAACAUCCUCGCGGAGCGGGAAACCAACAACAACAACAACAACAACAACGACGACAACAACAACGAUGGCGAUGACGACGAUGCGGUGGAGAAGGACAGGUCGGAGGCUGGUGAUGGGCCGAGGAGGUACGGUUGCGAGUUGUGUAGCGCGCGUUUCAAGGGAAGCGGGGGUUUGCGCAACCACCUGAAGGUCGUCCACUCGGCCGGGCCGUUGUUCAAGUGCGACGAGUGCGGCAAGGAGUUUCCCCUGAAGGAGCGGCUCAAGCUCCACGUGCGCACCCACACGGGUUUCAAGCCGUACCGUUGCGCCGAGUGCGACAAGAGCUUCGCCCGGGGCGGCCAAUUGGUCCAGCACCGGCGCACCCACAGCCAAGUCAAACCGUACAGUUGUCAAUUGUGCUCGGGCACGUUCACCUGCGCCGCCAAUCUCGCCCUCCACCUCAAGCGCCACAACAACCAAAAGGACCACAAGUGCGACAUAUGCGGUCGGGGCUUUGUUCGCCGGGACGCCCUCAAAAAGCACCUCGAGUGCCUACACAAGGACGUAAAGUCCUUUUUGUGCGUCAUUUGCAACAAAACGUUCAAGGGCCAUUUGCCCCAGCACAUGCGCACCCACGCCCGUGACCGGCCCCACGGUUGCGCCACCUGCGGCCAACGCUUCGCCCAAAAGAGCCAACUGACCGUCCACCAGAGGACCCACUCUGGCCAACGGCCCUUCCGCUGUCUCGUCUGUUGGCAGGCCUUUGCCCACUCGACGGCCCUGAAACUACACACGAGGCGCCACACCGGGGAACGGCCCUUCAAGUGCGCCGAGUGCAACUCGGGCUUCACCCAACUGCCCCACUGGAAGAAGCACAUGAAGUGCAUACACGGCCGCACCGAGCCGUACAGUUGCCGGGGCUGCGACAGCUUCUUCAGGAUCAAGAGCGACCUCGAGAGCCACGAGAAGGACUGCCACCGGGGCAAGGAGUCGCCCACCACCUCCACCUCCUCCUCCUCCUCGGACAGUAGCAACGGUAGCGCGUCGGUGUUCAACGACCCGUUGGUGGUGGCCGAUCCCGCGUCGGCGAGCGCAAUAAAGCGCUACAGGAGCAUGUCGAUCGAGAAGAUACGGUUGCUGCUGGCGGUGCUGCUCAAGAGGAUCUCGAGGCAGGAGCGGCUCGACGAGUUGGGCUUUGGCAAGCGGCUGAUAGACGAGGUGCUGGUCGACUCGUUGCUCUCGGCGGGCAAGGGGGCCGUCAAGCCGAGCGUCCUCGUGCCGGAGUUCGAGGCCCUGCAGACCAACCUCGGGGUCUUCCUCGAGUGGACCGUACCGAGGGAGCACUGGGAGAACUUUCGCAAGAUGAAGAGGACGCCCGAGGAGGUGCUCGAGGCGCUCACCGCGACCUAA